CUUGAUCAAAAUGGCGUGAUCCGCUGAAGACUAAUCUCUGAAGUGGUCAUCGGGUUUGUUUGGGUCCAAUGAUUUCAACGACAGAAUAUGUCGAUAAACACGAGGAACCUUAGACAUACACAGGAAGAUUCUGAGAAUGAAGGGGACAUGGUGCGGGUCAGUACAAAUCGUGGAGAGGCCUCCAAAUCAGCAGCACAAACGAUAUACGGAAGUCUGUCUUCUUCCUCGUCUGUGAGUGUUCCCAAUGGUUCCGUUGGACACAUGGGUCGUACCGAAAGCCGUAUGUGUGGCUGGUUCCCAGAGAGUGGCAAAAUGUCCCCUGUGCGCCGGACCUUCUGUCUGUUUGUGACCUUUGACCUUAUAUUGACCUUUAUACUGUGGGUGAUAUACACCCAAUUAAUUGGUGACUCGUCAGUAUGGGAAGCUUUUACUAAACAGUUGGCGGGAUUUACAAUCAAGACGUCGUUGUUUGAUACUGUUAUGUUGGCUACGAUGCGGUUUACAUUCCUGAUACUGGGCUACGCCCUCUUACGACUUGACCACUGGUGGGUCAUAGCACUAACAACAUUUUUAACUUGUGGUUAUCUUUUAGCAAAGUGUUUUUUAUUUAAUUUUAAAGACAAUAACAACAACCCACUGAGUUACGUAGUCCUCAUUAUAUCGUUUGUGUUGGCGUGGGCCGAGACCUGGUUCCUCGACUUCAAGGUCAUCCCAGUAGAGAAAAAGCACCGGGAUCGAGUUAACCAGAAUCGACAGUAUGUGUCUGAGAGGAGCAGGCUGAUUGGUGACUCAGAACAAGGAGGCAUGUCUGGGGAGGAUCACGAAUAUUACUCGCCACUCGUCACACCUGAUGGUUCUGAUGACGAGGGGGAACACCACCAUGGGUACCAGACGCCACGUCGUGGUCACAGUAGGCAGGCAAGUCAGUCGUCCGUGACUAGUAUACUGGGGGCCCGGGAGCAGGACUUUGUGAGACAGGCACAGGAGGCAAUGGAUGUUACGUUAGACCUGAUGAAGAUGGAAGAGGGCUGGAAAUUCCAGGCAGGAGACAGUCUGGAAACUGGAAUUGUACACAGCCAAUUCUUCAAACAAUACAAAAGGAAAAUAUUCCGACUACAGGCAUUAGUUAAUAUGGACCCUAAAAGGAUAUGGGAAGAACUAGCCUAUGGAACGAACAACUCGCCGCAGUGGAACCCCACGCUAGUGGAGUGUAGGACACUGGAGACAAUAGAUGACAAUACAGAGAUCAGUUACAACAUUGCUGCGGAGGCUGCGGGAGGUUUGGUUACCUCUCGUGACUUUGUCAACGUCCGAUGUUGGGGCGUACGGGGCGGUGUCUACCUCAGCUGUGCUUGUGGAACAACUUACCCAGACAUGCCCCCUCAGAAAAAAUAUGUCAGAGGAGAGAAUGGUCCCGGAGGUAUCAUACUACAAGUCUCUCCAGAAGAUCCCAGCAAAAGUCUUCUCACCUGGUUUUUAAAUUCAAGCUUGAAGGGCUGGAUCCCACAGUCAGCAGUAGAACAAGGUCUCUCGGGCUUCCUACUAGACUACCUAAAGUACCUGUCACAACGCAUAGACGAACUCAGUACAGAGGAGGUGUCCUGAUGUCUUCAAGUAAUAGAAGACUUUUAUUCUUGUACUCUUAAUCAUCAAAUGUAGGAAUCUGCCCAGUAGAUGAGUCUAAAAUCAUCUACUGUAUCAUCAUCACUCUCAUCUCCGGACUAGAUUUGAGAGCGACUGUCGGGCACAGUAUUAAGGUAGUAUUAAAAUCAUCUACUAUAUCAUCGUCCCUGUCAUCUCUGGACUAGAUUUGAGAGCGACUGUCAGGCACAGUAUUAAGGUAGUAUUUAAAAUCAUCUACUAUAUCAUCGUCCAUGUCAUCUCUGGACUAGAUUUGAGAGCAACUGUCAGGCGAAGUAUUAAGGUAGUAUUUAAAAUCAUCUACUAUAUCAUCGUCCCUGUCAUCUAUGGACUGCUUUAGGAACAGCUGUCUGGAACAUCAAGAUGGUGUUUGAAAUCAUCAACUAUAUCAUCGUCUAUGGACCGCAGUUGGCAGCAACUCUCUAUCAGAGAAUUAAGUUCGGUGUUUAAAGUCAUUUACAUUCUCAUCGUUAUCAUCACGAAGAGGACACUUAACAGUCAUGAUCAACAGCAUUAGAGACAUCAACCGCCACCCAGAAAGUAGAGAUCACAACAGACACCAACAGAUAUUUUUCUACUGCUGCUGCAGAAAGGGAGAGAGAUAGCAAGUGUGUCUCUCAGCGGUUAUAUCAUACAUGACACACCACUUCCACCAUUUAUAAUUAAAUGUUGAUGAAUUUAUAUUUAUUUAUGCAAAGUGAUGUAUGGUCGUUUGUUGUGUUGUUCUGUAAUAUCUGAAGUAUAUAUGGUUGAUAAAAAAAAUGUCCAUCUGUUCUGUUUUGUAUUCAGAACUUAUCAGCAUGCAGAAAUAGAUAAGAGCAAACACAGCUGUCAUCCUUUCUUACUACUAAAAGUUCAGUAAGUUGUGUAAAGGAAUUAGGUACAGGAUGCUGACAUUAUCAUAAAUGUAUAUAGCUAAUCUGAUUGAAUAAUACUUUGAUGCUGCUGAAAUUUCAUUGUUCUUGAGUUAUAUUAGUAUUGUGGGUCAGUAUGGUAGUUCCUAAUAGAGAGCUUCACUAGUAUAUAAGUUUGUCUACCAGGCUACACAUAUAGAAAUGUCAUUCAUGGUAGCAUAUUCGCAUUGCCAUGACCAACCAAGGGGAGGUAAUUUUUGACUUUGAGGUGCUGAAAUCCACAUGAAAUGUUUUAUGCUACAUGCUCAGUAUUUGUUUUAAAUCGUGUUUAAGUUUAAUUAAUGGAAUAUAUUUCCUGGUGGAUGUUUAAAUCUAAGGACAUUUCUAAGGUGAGGUGUGUAGUUAGAAAUUCCCAGCUUUUAAAUGUUGAUGUGGUGAUGCCCUACUCAGGGGGAAAUAUUUUAUUAUUGUGAUCAUGACAUUGCAAAUAUAUCACUUAUGUAAACUAGCAUAGAUUAUUGGUAUCAUGGCACAUGUAUACACAACCAUGAGUAGCAAAAAGUCAAUCUUUUAUAAUCAGUAGUCUCUGGUGAACCGACGAGAUAUCAAACUAUUAAAACUGAUUCAGAAGGGAGAAAAUACCAAUAUGUAAGGAAUUAUUGAAGGACUUUUCAAAAUCUUAUAAGACGUUGAAAUUAGUAAGAACCAUCAUAUCGUAGCCGUAUUACUCUAAAAUAUUAAGUGUAUUACCAUUUCCCUAAUCAACAUUUCCCUAAUUUUCUUCUGUAAAUACCAGUAAUUACAUGAUAGCCAUGUGAUUAUGUUGUAGACAUUUGAAAUGUUUCUGGAUAACGGGUUUCUAUUAAUCAAUCUUAAUAGACAUAUAGGUAUGUCAAAAGUGUAAAAAUUGUUUGUAUAUCUUCAAUCUACAUUGUAUGUAAUCAAGAAUUUUCUCUUCUUUAAAACUCCAAUCUACCAACAAAAAUUGAAAACAUGCUUGCCAAUUUGGACUGAAAUCUUAAAAUUUCUUUUAAUAUAUCAAGAGACCAAAUCUUACUAGCAGUAUUUGCUACCUUUUGAGGAAAUGAAAUCUGCAGGUAUUAGAUUAAAAGAUUUUUUUUUUUUUUUUUUUGAUAGGUGAUUAUACAUCUGACUAAUUUGGUUGUGAUCUUUUAACCGAGUGAAAAAAUAUCAAACAUGAAGAAUAAAUUUUAAUGUUUAUUUUGUGUUCUUAAGUGCUAAACUUUAAUUAAAAAUAAAAUCAAAAACUUAUUUAUGCUUAAUACCACUAACAAUGUAGAAACUAGUAUCUGUAUAAGCUGGACCCUGUAUAAACCUGAUUCUGUAUACAAUGAACUCUGUAUAAACUGCACCCUGUAUAAAUUUGGCCCUGUAUACAAUGAACACUGUAUACAGUGAACCCUGUAUAAACUCAGCCCUGUAAACAGUGAACAUUGUGUAAACUGGACCCUGUAUACAGUGAACCCUGUAUAAACUCAGCCCUGUAAACAGUGAACAUUGUAUAAACUGGACCCUGUAUACAGUGAACCCUGUAUAAACUCAGCCCUGUAAACAGUGAACAUUGUAUAAACUGGACCCUGUAUACAGUGAACCCUGUAUAAACUCAGCCCUGUAAACAGUGAACAUUGUAUAAACUGGACCCUGUAUACAAUGAACCCUGUAUACAGUGAACCAUGUAUACAAUGAACAUUGUAUAAACUGAACCCUGUAUAAACUCAGCCCUGUAAACAGUGAACAUUGUAUAAACUGGACCCUGUAUACAAUGAACCCUGUAUACAGUGAACCAUGUAUACAAUGAACACUGUAUACAGUGAACCCUGUAUAAACUCAGCCCUGUAAACAGUGAACAUUGUAUAAACUGGACCCUGUAUACAAUGAACCCUGUAUACAGUGAACCAUGUAUACAAUGAACAUUGUAUAAACUGAACCCUGUAUAACAGUGAACCCUGUAUAAACUCAGCCCUGUAAACAGUGAACAUUGUAUAAACUGAACCCUGUAUACAAUGAAACCCUGUAUAAACUGAACCCUGUAUACAAUGAAACCCUGUAUAAACUGGACCCUGUUUGACCUUUAAUAAACACUAAUAAUAUGGUACCUCUACAUGGCUGUAUUGAUUUAACAGUAAUACUUUUAACAGUGGGUUGAUUUCGUUAUUGUGAUUGUUUAACUUAUGUUGGCUGAUCCUAGUGCCUUUAUCUGUUAUCAGUAAAAAAAUUAACAACUUCAGACAUCACCUCAGUAAAAAAAAAACAAUUAACAACUUCAGACAUCACAAAAUCAAUAAUAAUUCUUCAUCUUCAAAAAAAAAAAAUCUUAUCUUAUUUAAACCAUGACAUUUAAAAUAACUGUCCAGUGCUUGUUUUAAACACUGGUCAGUAUUAAAAUAUGGGAUAAAGUAAAGAUUCUCAGAUUAAAGGUGCUAGAUUUUUAUUUUCCUCACUCAUACAUGGUAACACACUGUGUCAUGAGACACAAUUAGCCAAAAGACAGUCUAACAAAUACACCAAUUACUAGACAUGUAAUUAAUGUGACUAAUUAUACUUUUCUUUAUCUUAUUUUAUUAUUGAAAACCCUGUAUAAACAAACAAGUAUUUUCAAAAUAGGACAGUUCUCUAGAACAGUUCAAAAUCAUAAUGCUGCUGAUUUCCUGAGAUUUGUAACUCAGUUGAAAACCAAAAGCAAGUGAUAACCUCAAAUAAUUCUUAAUAAAUUUUAAUGUAAAGUCCUCCUUGACAAUCGAUCAGAAGUAUUGUGACAAUUAUUACAUUGUUUAUACCCGUCUCGGAGUCUGAUCAAUUUUAGUUCUGUGUGUAUGAAUGUGUUGGAUGUCGUAGAGCAACUGAUCAAUAUAAGAGUAUUUUAACAUAUAUUUGUGUAUAUGUUAUUUUGUUCUGGUGAAAUCUGUCUAAUCCGACAACUGAGUAUUCCGACAUUCUGUCUAAUCCGACAACUGAGUAUUCUGAUAUCCUGUCUUAUAUGUUAAUUGACUUUUCCAACAUUCUGUCAAAUCUGACAACUGAGUAUCCUGAUACCCUGUCAAAUCUGACAACUGUGUAUUCUGACAUCCUGUCAAAUCUGACAACUGAAUAAAUGUUGCUGUAAACAUACAUCUUCAGAUAUCUAACAAAUAAAACUUGAGUAAUCUGAUGACAUCUCUAAUCUGACAAUUAUAUUGUGUUCCACUUGGUUUCAAACUAGACAGGUUCAUCUAACCCAUAUGUUGUAUCCAAAAGAGUGUCGGAUUAUACAGGUUUGUGUGUAUGUUAAUGACGUAUAUUUUAACAAGAUAUAAGAGGAAAAUUUAUCUUUUAAAAACCUUUUUUUGAUGUUCAGAAAAAGUGUUCAGUAAUUUCAAUUUUUUUUCUUUUAUUUUUCAUUUUUUAAACCAUAAGCAUUAUCAACACUUUAGAACAAUCAUAGCCAGAAAAUCCUCAAACUAACAAUAAAAUAUCUUCAUUUAAAAUUCAUAAACGUUUGUAAUAUCAUUUGAAUACACAUUUUGUAAUGUUCUGUUUUUAUAUGUUAACACAUGCUUUUUACAUUAAUAUAAUAGCUUUCAUUUAUUUAGGCAAAGUAAAAAAAUAACUGUUACUCCUAAAAUACAAUGUACUAGAGAAAUAUAAUGAGGAUAAAUAUGACUUCACUUUUUAUUACUAAAAAUAUUUCAUUGUAGUUUUUAUCAGGAAUAUAAAGGAAAUGUGAAUUCAUACGUCCUGUUGUAGAUAACAAAAAAAGUACUUGGUAACAGUUAGUGAAACUGUAAAGUAUGGCUAGAGGAAACAAAGAUAUUUUAAAAGUUUUUGUUCUUGUAUUUUUGUUGGUUGAAUUAGUUGUGAGAUUACACAAUGUUUUAGAUUUUAGUUAACAGUCGUGUACAGUGUACUUGAGAUUAAAAUAUUGUCAUUUUUGAGUCCUAGUUACCAUGACAAUGAGAGUUGACAUUUCUGUUGUUUCUAAUAAAACAUUAUUGGAUGAGUGAGAUAAAUGUAAGGCCAAAAUUAUAGAAAACUAUUUCCUUUUUUCCUGUUCCUUCAUGGAGCAGUAGAACCUUGUUGGAGAAGUUUUCAACUCCAGGUUAUCAUACAUCUUCAUAUGUUCAGUAAGAGAAAAAUUCUCCACAUUACCAAACAUUUCUUUGAAAGUUUGAGGAAAAAAUAUAAUUUAAAUGAAGAAAAAAAUAUCUAAAUGAAAUAUAAUAGUUACAGUUAUUCAUUAAGAAAAAGACACCGACAAAUAGUAUGUAUUUCGUAACGAAAAACUUUUUCAAGGAUGAACAAAAAACUUUCCAUUCUAAAGUACAUCAUUGCAAUUUACAAAUCAUUUCAAAAUGAAAACAUAAUUGAAAUAAACAUUGUAUAUAAUAAAUUUUGAUAUAUAGAUUAACAGAUGGAAAACAUCAAAAAUGGAAAUUACUCUCAUGGAUCAGAGGUACAGUAAUGAAGGUGACAUACCUCCUUAAUUAUGUAUAUUUUUUGUGAGUGUUACUGAUGUAUUCCACUUUUUUUUGUAUGAAAUGUUUGUUUAUUUUAUGUAUGAAAUGGGACAAGCAAUAAUUUCAUGUGGUACCACCUGAAAAUGAAUAAAGAGUUCUUAAUAAUAUUAUUUGGUGUUCCCGAGAGCUAUAGUGUACUAUUUGUUGAUGAGAAGUACUGGUUUUCACCAGUAUGUUCUAUACCCAACAGAACUGUGAUAUUAUGAGUGUAUAUAUAUACAUAUAUGUACUUUGCAUAUUAAAUAUUCGUCUCAGUGGACAAUAAAAAAAUAUCAUUAUUACCUUCAAA